CAGUCCAAUUUAACAAGGCGCCUAACACUUUUAAAGUCGUUUUAUAAUGCUGACAUCAUUCACGCACCAUUUAAAGCUCAUACCAGAGACUCUGCGAUGGAACUCAUUUCCGAAGUAUUCAUGUUAGGCUCCAUCCAUGCGGUGUUCUUGCUACCAAGUAAUUCUGAGAAACUUCGAAAUUCUGAUAUAAAGUCAGUCCAGUACAUCGAUGCAGCAUUAAAAACAAAAGCUCCAAAAGCUUUGUUUGUGAAUUUGAUGAAAGAGGUCACUGGAAUAUGUCAGAAUAGGUCACAAGCCGGUUUUCCGACGUGCACGGUUGAGUGGCAAAAAGGAAUCCAGUUUUCCGAUAUUCUGGAUGAUUUGGACGACAUCCUCAGUUAUCGAUUGAAUCACAUUUACGUCACAAAUAACGAAAUUAAUGAACUGCUUGGAGAAAGCAAUCAGAUGCUAUCCAAAAAGUUGAACAGCAUGUUACCUACUACAAUCGAGGAGCUACGACUGCAAAUUCUUCGGGCUUCUCUGGAGCCCACAUUCUUCCAACUGUCAUCGAUGAGUCCUUUGAAGACUCGCGAGUUGCCACCCGUCUUUAUAGUGCCUGGACUGCUCCCAAAGAAAUAUGUCGAAAAUUUAGCCGGCAACCUUCUCAGUCCGGUCUAUUGUGCCGACUUUUCAAUUAACGACUUAAAAAUAAACGACAUUUGUCUGUGCCUGGUUGACAAAAUGGAAAAUAUUUUACCAAAUGGACCCUUUAACAUCGUCGCUGUAUCGUGGGGUGGUGCUAUAGCUACUGAAAUAGCAAUAACGUUAGAGAAACGAGGUCACACAACCCAAUUAUACUAUUUGGACGGGGCCCCAGAAACCAUCCAAUCCACGCUUAGGUUAUUGGGAUCGGGUGUUAAGAAGGAAAUUGCAUUAGUUAUGAGAUUCCUAAAGGUUAAUGCUGAGAUUCUUAAUAAACUGGAGCGAUUGGCGAAUUGGGAUACUCGACUACAGCUUGUGCUAGAUUCCUUACAAUAUGCGAAAGAGGACAAGACAUUCCUUACGAAAAUACUCACGGUGCUGAAAAAUCGAAUAGACCAACUUCUCGAUUACAAGUUUAACCACGACAAAAUGAUUACUGGAAGGAUCUUUUUGUUGAGGCCUACAGGAUCGAGCAAAUACGACAACUGUGGUUUGUUAAAGAUUUGCGACCAAGUAAUUAACAUACUAAUAGUGAAGGGCGAUCAUACAACUAUCCUGCAAAGUCAGGAAACAGCAGAUAUAAUUAAUGAACAUGUAAUAUGUUAAUUAUAAAUAUAAAAU